AUGGACCGCUGGAUGAUGCUGGGCGGGCUGGUGCUGUUCGGCAUGGUCGUGUUUAAUAUCUUGCGCAAGCGUAUCUGGAUCCCGGGCCUAUCGACGCUGUUCUCGUUGCUGAGAUAUGUGCUUCUUGGUGGCUCAUCAAAGACUGCAGUUGCUGUCACUUCACCGAUGGUCAUGGCUACCACCAGCAGCGCCGACGUGGUGUCAACAACAUCCGGAUGCACUUACCGGUCAAUUGUCGCCAAGGAGACUCUAGUAGUGACCACCACAGUGCCUGUUGCUGCUUCACAUAAAGAGGAGCAAGGUCCUCUAGAGGAAGAUACUGCAUCGGUCGAGUAUGCCCUGUCUACUGAAGGCAUUACCGCAAGCUCUCACGGCUUGCCUCUCGAAGAUGAGGCUGUUGCCACUGGUGGCCUGAAUGAUGAGCCUGAGCAGACUGAUGAGCCUGUGACGACCACAUCACAACACCAACAGCAGCACCAGCAUCAACAACAACCAGUCGAAAACUUCCGCCGCAAGAACAUCUACACCAUGCCCGUUGAGCGGCCUGUUCACGAGGAGCUGUAG